AUGAAUUUUAUUCUUCCGCUUGAUGUACUUUCGCUCCGCGGAGAUUCGUUUUACGAUGUUGUCGAAGAGUUUUGUGGCAAGGAGGUGGUUGAAUUACCCAAGUUUCAGAUGAUCAAUUCUUCCGUGGAUUUGAUUGAGGUCGACGAUGCAUUCUCCAUUCUUCAAAUCGAUUCACAUCAAACAACAUCAAUCAAAGAAUUUUUGGGCGUUACAGGCAAAGAUAAUAACGGCAAAUAUUCGUUUUUUGUUAUGCCAGGUAUACGCUUAAAACUUGAAAAGUUUACUCGUUCACUUCGUACUUUUCUUUCAUCUACCGGUUCGUCAUCUUCAUUAAAUAUCAAGUCUUUAACAAUUUCAUCUGAACUUCUUCAACGAUAUCCGUUCUUGAUCGAUCUUAUUAAUUGUUUAGAAUUGCAGUUAUUGACUGAUUUCCCAUUGGAUUUUAUAUCGAAUAUGCUAUCAAACAUCACCCGUUCUAAAAAUUUAUAUCGCUACGAACAAUCCGUGAAAGACUAUGCUGUAUCAUUGUAUAUUCUGGGAGGGCGUAACGUUUAUGAUUUCGUUCGAUUAAAUAUUCCUGGAUUGAUUCCUAGUCUAACAAGUCUACGAUCGAUCCUCACUUCUUCUAAAAAAUAUUUCAUCGAAGGCGAAUUUCAAUAUGAACGUUUCAAUGAAUUUAUCGAGUUAUUGGACUGUAAGUACGCAUUCUGUGGAGAAGAUAGUACUUCAGUCGUAUCAAAAGUCUGUUACGAUUCACGUUCCAACUCUUUCGUUGGAUUUACACUUCCACUUAAAGAUGGAUUUCCUUGCUCUCGGUAUUUUUCUACUAAUUCAUUUGGUGAACUUGAACAAUGGUAUGAAAAGAUCGACAAAUCGUUUCUAAUCAACGCAAAUGUUAUUCAAGCAGUAUGUCCUAGUAAUCGAACAUCGCCAUCACCAUUUCUUCUUGCUGCUUAUGGUACAAAUAGCAAAUACACAGCUCGAGACAUUCUUAACAGAUGGUCAAAAAUUUUUGAUUCAUUCAUGACUCAAAAUAUCCGAAUUUUAGGCUUUUCAUCAGACUGUGAUCCGAAACAGAUGAAAGCAAUGGGUGAUUCUAUGGGAUUCUUUUCCAACGAACACACCGGUUUUGAAUAUCAUCCUGAUCAUUUCAAAAUUUCUUUAUUUAAAGCGAGUGAAUAA